GACAGGUUGGGAGCCAGUAAGGGAGGAACAUGGCCCUCUGUCAGGCCACCAGCAGCCUUCACUCUGCGGCCAAGCCAGGGAUCAGCCUUCUGUGCGCCAGACAGGAUAGGGACAGAAGAGUUGUGCGGAGCCACUGCCAUCAGUCUAUGUAAGCACCACACCGCUGACAUGAGUGAACCUUGCCCUAUGUGUGGCACCACUGAUGGCAGUAGUCCGAGCGGCAGCACUGAAGUUGGCACUCCUGACCAGAGCCUCCAACAGCAUGUGCCACGGGCGUGUCAACCCUCUCCUAGCCAGUCUGUGAGCUGUGAGGCUGGUUUGUCCACUUUGGUUCCUGGUCCUGCCCAUACAGCCGUUCGGGCGUCCCCAGAAGUCACUGCUGAUCAAUAGCGAAGGCCAUGUUUUAGCACAUUUUACAAUUAUUUUUGUCAUCCUGCAGUUUAACGGUUAUCUUAUAAAGUGGUUCAAACAUUGUGGUUCUUCAAUAGACAUUAUAGUGAUUCGUGAAUAUGCUUACUGAGUAUUAUUUGGUAUGUAUUAAUGUACACAAUGUAUUAACUUUUAACAUGAUUCAGCAUUUCCAAGGCAAUUUUGUACGUAUAUCCCAGUGUUGCAUAUUAUUCACCUAGAAGUGAAUAAGCUCCCUUACAUCUCAGGAUUUAAUGAAUAAGUAGCCACUAUAAUGUAGACCUAAUUGACACAUUGUAGGGAACUGCUCAUGUACUUACUCUCCGUCUCCUGGUGGGAGAUCGGUCUGAUUACCUUCCUGCCGCUGGAACUUGUGUGAUUAUAUGAUCAUGCUCAUACUGCGAGGUACCACUAAAAUCAUACUCAUCAAAAGGAGAUGCAUCAGUCUGAUAGUGUAAUUUGCAGGGAGGUACUUAAUAUUGGGUGUACUUCUGCUGGAAGGAAUCAGUCUGAUAGUGCUCCUGCUUGGAGGAAUGUGUGUGGUCAAAUCUAGCUGGAAGAGGUUAGUCUGAUCAUGAUUCCACUUUGGAGGUGCAAUCCUACAAGGAGGAAGAAAUCCUUAAGGUAGGGGGAAACCAGUCUGCAUCAGAUUAGAACUGGUCUUUGUGCUCCCUCUUGCUUGGAGGAACCAGCCUAUGCUCCUGCCCCUGCUGGGAGGAACAAGUCUGAUCGUGCUCCUGCUGGGAAGAAGAAGAAAAAAAAAUACAACAACAAUUAAUGUGAUCAUGCUCCUGCUGGGAAGAACCAGUCUGAUCAUGCUUCUGAUAGGAGGAACCAGUCUGAUCAUGCCCCUGCUAGGAGGAAUUAGUUUGGUUGUACUCCUGCUGAGAGAAACCAGUCUGUGCUUCUGCUGAGGAAUCAGUCUGAUUGGACUUCUGUUAGGAGGAACUAGACUGAUCAUGUCCUGCUGGGAAGAGAGCCAGUCUGAUCGAGUUCCUGCCUGGAGGAACCAGUCUGAUCAUGCUCCUGCUGGGAGGAACCAGUCUGAUCAUGCAUUAUAAACACAAUUUACACCAUAAGAAGUUCCUGCUGGAAACCUGUGAUAGUUUUCUUUGGAUAUCUUUGAAUACAAUAAGAAGAUAUGGAUCUGGAAUCGCCGGUGGUUGAGUGUGCCAACUGCUGUUGUGCUGUUAAAGUAGUGGCUUUUUUCAGCAAAUUGGAAGUCAGUAAUGGCACAUAGCUAUAUAGUACAUUGUUAUGGACUUGGCUCCAUCAACAGUGUUUAAGUAUCAAAAUUCAGUAUUGGCAUGACUGACAGUAGGCUACUGGGAACUUGCCGUAACCAGUAGUUUGGGCAUUGAGUGCCAGUGGUGCCCAGCACGAGGCAGAAGCUAAGAGAAAAUCACAAAAUACAAGUGAGAUGCCAGAUUCUGGUUGACCACUGCUAUUGUGACCUAGCUAGACGUGCCUGCUACACCUGAUACACCAGCCUCCUGUAGAAGGACCUCGGGUGUGCCUCGGCAAAAUCUCACUUCUCAUUAAACGCUCAUUAAAAAGAGGAAGUUGUUUUAUUGUCCUUGAUUAUUUGUGCUCAUAGUAACUUAUGAUUGUUUUCAUUUUUGUCAAAAUAAUUGCUUAAACUGAGUUUUAAAUUCUGGACUACUACCAAAGCUACUCGUCUAAUGUAUAUUUAAGCAAAUGGUAAUGUAAAAUAUAAUGAAACAAAUUAAUCUUAGUGCCAUAACUAGCAACAUAGUAAUGAUGUAAUGUAAGGCAGCUUCCUUUGAAUGAAUCUAGUAUAUUUUUUGUAGUCCCAAUAAUAAACGUGCAUUCAUUUAGAAUUACUGCAGAAA